GGAUGGGCGUGGCUUCACAGUCGCUUUCCCACGAGGUCAACAGUGAGGGGGAGAGACCGGCUGCGACUGGCGGCGGCAAUAAUACUAAGGGGAGCCGCUUUAUCGGGGGACUGGGGAGAGGCUCAGCGUGAGAAACGGAACAGGUAUUUGCUGAAAGAAAAGCUGCUGAAAUUUGGACCCAAGGCAUGUUCACAAGUUUUGUAUCAAUGUUUUCACCUUGAUCACUCCAGAGGUUCCUGGUUAGAGCAGAAGUGCAUCAAAUCUGACACGUUUUACUGUGACCAAUACAGAGAGCGCAGCACUUGAAGCUGGCUCCAUGUAUCCAGAAUCAACCACAGACUCUCCCGCUAGACUUUCGUUGCGACAGACUGGCUCUCCCGGCAUGAUUUACAGUGCUCGAUAUGGAAGUCCCAAACGGCAGCUGCAGUUUUACAGAAAUCUUGGCAAGUCCGGCUUAAGAGUUUCCUGCCUUGGCCUAGGAACAUGGGUGACAUUCGGAGGUCAGAUCACGGACGAGAUGGCAGAACAGUUGCUGACAUUGGCAUAUGAUAAUGGAAUAAACCUGUUUGACACAGCAGAAGUCUAUGCUGCAGGAAAGGCCGAAGUUGUAUUAGGAAAUAUAAUCAAGAAGAAAGGCUGGAGACGGUCCAGUUUGGUGAUUACGACAAAAAUUUUCUGGGGUGGAAAGGCAGAAACUGAAAGAGGUUUAUCGAGAAAGCAUAUCAUUGAAGGGUUGAAAGCUUCUUUAGAAAGGCUUCAGUUAGAUUAUGUGGAUGUAGUCUUUGCUAACCGACCAGACCCUAACACGCCAAUGGAAGAAACUGUAAGAGCCAUGACUCAUGUGAUUAAUCAAGGAAUGGCAAUGUAUUGGGGGACAUCACGUUGGAGCUCUAUGGAAAUUAUGGAGGCAUAUUCCGUAGCUCGCCAGUUCAAUUUGAUCCCUCCUAUAUGUGAACAAGCAGAAUACCAUAUGUUUCAAAGGGAAAAAGUAGAAGUACAACUUCCAGAGCUAUUUCAUAAAAUUGGUGUAGGUGCAAUGACGUGGUCGCCACUUGCCUGCGGAAUAGUUUCUGGUAAAUAUGAUGGCGGAAUCCCUCCGUACUCUAGAGCAUCACUAAAGGGUUAUCAGUGGUUAAAAGACAAGAUCUUAAGUGAAGAAGGAAGACGACAACAGGCAAAACUGAAAGAGCUCCAGGCCAUUGCAGAGAGAUUGGGUUGUACCCUGCCACAGCUGGCAAUUGCCUGGUGCUUGAGGAAUGAAGGAGUCAGCUCGGUUUUGUUAGGAGCAUCUAAUGCCGAUCAGCUUCUAGAGAAUAUCGGAGCAAUACAGGUCCUUUCGAAACUGUCCUCUUCCAUUAUCCACGAGAUUGAUAGUAUUUUGGGUAACAAGCCAUACAGCAAAAAAGACUAUAGAUCAUAAUGGUGAAUGCCGCUGGACGGGACUAUCACGGUUCUACUCCAACUCUCCUAUUUGCCUGCUUAAGCUUUACUGAUUCAAAGUGGAGUGUGGCUGCAUCAAAGAACACACCAUUUCCAGAUAAAAAUAUCAGGAAAAAAAAAGUUCAAAUGAUUAUUGUAAGAAUCCACGCGCUUAAUGUAUACAAAUAUCUGCUCAUUUGCUAAACUGCACAAAAAAGUAGUUAAUGGAGGAGCCGUUGUUGUAACGGAAUUCUUUCUGUUUUUGAUCGAUUGUCUUUUGCGUUCCUCUGCUCUGUCUUUGCUCCGGCGUUAUUCUGAGAAUUCCAUUCACAUACGCGUCGGGUACUGGAUUAUCCUCCAAUGUGAUAUUCUUGGUUUCUUAUGUCAGUGCUUUGUAUAAAACAUAAACUGGAAAUGUAUUAAUUCUAUCUCUUGCUAAACAUGAAGAAAAUAACAAAUACACACUAUACAUCUCUAUCAUGCAAUAAUAGACCCUCAGUGUCAGUUUUCUGGCAGCUGUAACUGCAUUAUGCUGCUACUUCUCGACUAGGGCAGACAUAUCCAACUGGUGUUUGGGGAGGGGACAUGUGGCCUUUUCUCUCCUACGUUUAAUCCUUCAGUCCACUGUAGUUCAACAUUGUAUAUGGUUAUUGCACAUGGGAUAUUUUAUUCACUACAUUGCAUAUCUCCUGUUUGUCCAAGUUUUCUGCAGAUGGUUUUAGAAUGGGGGGUGCAGUGGUGGUAGAAAGUUGGAAAAGUCUGAUAAUAAUUUGAAGGAGAACAGGUGAACUGCUGUGUUAUUCACUCUACUGUAUUUUAUUUUAUUGUUGGUCAGGGGCGUUUCUUGGGCCCCCCUUCUCAUCUGGCACUUACCUGCAUCAGAGCGGGUUGAGGGGGGGGGGCGUAUCACUAAGUGCAGGGAGUAUAAUUGUACUCUCUGCCCUGGAAUAGCCAAAAUUCUGAUUUAAAAAUCCGAAUUUUGGGUUUUUAAGUUACCGGCCCCUGAUAACACUGCUGCAGUCUGAGGAGAGUUUCUCAACUUGCUUCAUGGCAGCAGCAGCCCUGGUGUUGGUGAUGGAUUUCUGACGUCUGCUUCUUUAAGCAAAACUCACUGCAACAUGUCCUAUGGCAGCCGGUGUCUUAUUUAAGAGACUAGGAACUGAAUGCCAGGGGUUAAGGAACUUUGAGAACCAAGACAAUCAAAAUGCCUUUAGAACCCGUUCCCUUAAAGGAGAAUUAAAUUCUGUUUUUGUUGUAAGUUAAGAUUAUGCCCUGCAAAAUUGUACCUUCUAGUGAGUACUUUUUUCAUUUGUUUACUCCUAGUUUAGCAGUGCUCUAAACUGCCAGGCCAGAAGCCUCAGUGACUUAUGUGCAGUUGGUCAGGCUACUUCCAGCUUUUCGUCUCAUACUGGCUGAGCCCUGAGCACAGAGGGAAAUUCCCACUUUACUCAUUCCUUUCUCUGCAGCUCUCUUGCUCUCACAACUAUACUGUAAAAUGCAAAUCAGAAGCAAUGUCUGCAUCUUCAGGUUGAAAGUCGAAGGUCAAGGCAUUGGAGAUUUGCACAGUAAACAUUUUCCUGAAUUAUAAACCUUUCUUUUAAAUAUUUACAUCAUUUAUCUAAGACCAAAGUCUAUUCUGUGGUGUCUCCUGCCUGGGCAUAAGUGUUUCAGAUUGCAGACAACACUGCUCCCCAGUCCUUACAUAUCCUGCCCUAAGCUCUACGUCUUCAUGUGCUGCAGCUGCCAUUUUGAAGACAAGAUCUUUACUGAUAAAAUAACGUGUGGUAUAUUCAUAUAUUUACAUUUUUUGGUAUAAACCCAAAUCACAUGUUGUAGUGCAUAUGCAGAGACUUAGGGAGCAGGGGUGGAACUACAGAGUGAGCAGAAGGGGAAACGCAUGCCAGUUUUUCUCUUCAUAUUUUGGGCUAAUAAAUCUAGAACAUUAAAAAGUCUAGUGCAUUUAUAGACUGCAUAUAUCAUUAAGUGUUAUUAUUGAAACCCCAAAAAGUUUUUUACUUUUGGACGAAAUUUGUUUUUCCAUGAAAAGCAGACAAGGCGCAUGGGUGCGACCAGAUCCAAGCAUGAGUGCUCCUGAGCUGGGUCGGUUAUGGUAUGUGCCAGUGAUGUCAUUGGUGUGAAAAGUGUAGCCUAGGGGGUCUCACAUCUAAUUAAUCAACCGCUGGACAUAGUUUUCCUGUUAGGAAUGCACUGUGCCCAUUUAACAGAUUUGGGCAAAUACUGAACCAAAUCUGAGCCCGCGGGAGUAUGGGCUAAAAUGACAUCUACAUCUGUGCACAAAUAUUUUGUUUUAUAUAGGGUUCUGGUUGCGGUUGCCCAGGCUUUCUGAUUUGGACAAAUCGGAACUCUAAAGAAAGCUUGGAUUCAGCUGAAUCCCUAACAUAAUCCAAGAUUCUCUGCAUCCCUAAUUCCUGUAAUUUAAAGCGUACAGAGAAGCAGCAAAAGCAAGGGGUUAGCUUCCAUUUAUACUUCUGAAUGGUAUCUGUGCUUCACAAGUGCGCUUAUGUAUACUUUCAGCCUUUAUCUAACAGACUGAUAACUAGCAAUGUGUGCCGGCCGGGGGAUUGAUCCAUUGUAGCUCAAGGAAAGUGGACUUCUUUCUCUCCAGUCAUUUCUUUACUAACCCCUCCUCCCAGCCAUGGUUUGGAGAUCUGUUGGGGGGGGAAUAUCCCAAAUUUUGUGCCUGUUUUUUUUUUUUUUAUCCUCUAAUUGAAGAUACCAUAAGAGUUUUUUGCGAGAUUAACAAAUUCUAAGCUCAAAGUCUAAUAUCAAUCAAGCAGAGGGUAGUACUGUAUAUACAUUUCUUUAAAUAUUCUGGCAAUGCAUGCCCAGGGUGUUGUGGAAUUGCCUCUAGUUUGCAGUAAGGACAAGAUCAUAGAGCAGAAACCAUAUUUAUGGACAAAGCAGUCUAGCAAAUAGGAUCCUUUGGCACAUGAUACAAGUCCAUUUCCCAGCAGCCCCUGCUCCCUGAACUGGCACAGAAUAGGCAGGACUGUAACAGUAAAUAUGGAAAGUGUCAGUAGGUGCCUAUUUUUGGUCUGGAAUAAAUAAAAUAUCUUGUUUAGCUACAGUAUUUAAAGUAUUUGUGCAUUGAAAAUAUAAUUGCUCCAAAUCAGGACAUUCAUCAACAACAAAACAUCCUUUCAUGUGUUUCAUAACAGUAUUUAUCUUGCCUUGUGCCUAUAGCGUGGUCAUGUCCGCAUCCCUGGCUCUAUAUGGAGUAUAUGGAAUAUAACUUUCUUCUAUACUUGCUCUUUCUCCGCAAUGUUACGGCCCAGGGAUAAUCUGUACAUUGCAGGUAUAAAUAAGGACAGUGCAAGACAAUACAAUACAAAAUAUUCCAGUAAAUUCCAUUCUAAAUAUGUCCACGUUGCUGACAACUUAAAAUAGAAUUUCGUCCCGACACACCAGAAUUGUAGGCAAAAUAUUGUCUGUCAAUGCAUCCAAAGACUUUUUUUUUUUCAUUUAAUAUUGCUGGAAAACUUAUUUAAUUUAGGCAAGUUGUUACAUUAGGAAUCUUGAUUUCCUUAACAGAAACUUGCACACAAUGUUUCCCCGUUCCAUUUUACAAUAAUAGUAUAUAUAA